CGCGUGACAACGAUUUUUUUUUCGGCGAGUCGAGAAGUACAUUUCAGAAGCUCAGAACUUGGAUCUGGCGGGAUAUUCAUUCAGUCAUUCGUCUGAGCAAAAUAGGAAAGUGUCCUCAGUCGGGGCGAUAGGAGUGCAUUAGAGUUGCGAGGUGUUUCCCGAGGUGCGGUGAAUGAGGUUUUCCACCGAAGUGUUGCGAGUAGAAGAAAUAAAAAAAAUCCAACCUAUCGAGUGACGAUCGUAACAGGUGACUCCUGAUGCAAUUGAUGCGGUCAGCCCGCAACUGCAGAGAACCGGCUUUCGCGUGAUCAAUGAAUUGCAAAAUUCGGUGCUAGUGAUAAAUGUGAAAAUUAUUCUGUAGGAAAUUUUGCCGGAAAAAAAAUCGGAAUCUGGUCCUCUUUGGCACCGUGAAUUAUCAUAAUCCGGUCAACUAGAGUUGACGGCUCGAGCGGUUCCGGAGGUUUGCUCGGUUAUUCGAGGCUGAAAAUCGAGUACAAUUUGUUAUGUAAAUCAGAUGAUCCUCGCUCAGUUUUGCUGACAGUUGCUCGGGGCGGCCGGUCAUUCGGGUGGUCAGUGUGUGUGUGUGUGGUGCGCGCGCGGAAAAGUGAUGCUCUUUAUCACGGGAAAGGCGGCGGCGGCGGUGAACGCGCGAGAUCACACUUUUACUUUGACUCUGGCGCUGGCACCAGCAACCAGCACAGAGAGUUCUCAUUAAAAACCGAUUGGAUAUUUUGAGAAAUUAGUGUCGAGCGGUUUAUUGCGGUGUAACCGUUUUUUUUGUUGUUGUUUUUUUUUCUCGUGCUGACCACCAGACUAAGUGUGUGGCUGCUCAAAACUUACGGUCAUUUCGAUUCUUUCCCUUUGUCCACUAAUUUCACCGUGCCAACCAACUUGUAGUUCAUCAGAGCCGAAGUGAAGGUACUAGCCUGUGCAAGUGAGGCAAAAUAAAGCUUCGCGAAAUUGGUGACAGCAGUCCACGGUCACUCGGAAAGAAGCAGCAGGAGGUGGUUCGGUUUAUGCAUGCGUCACGUCGUGAAAAGUACGCGAAACAGCAGCCGAAAAUGUAGCAAUUAGUGGCAAUCGCUUCUGAAUCCUUUCGAGCCUCGAAACUGUCAGAGGAAGGUCCCCAUCUAGAACCGGGAGAAAGUCAGCAAAUUAAAACCAAAAAAAAAACGAGCAGUAGCAAAGUGCAUGUGUGUGGGCAGAAGAUCAAGUUGUUAUCAAACGCAGCAUGACCGGUGCGAAGCCGGCUGUCGUGCGCUGGUCGUGUUGGUGGUGGUGGUGGUGGUGGUUGCGGUUAUGGUGUGUUAUCAUCUGAUUUAAUUAUAAGUGAAAAAUACAAAACACACAAGUGAAACAGCACAGAUCCACCUUAUCGCACGCGAAGGCGCCCAAACCCAGUGACGAGUGCCGAGAGUGCCGAGAGUGUGAGUGUGUUCACGCGGUGCAGUUUUCAAUCCGUCGUGGUUCGAUUAAAAAAAAAAGUGCGAAUCGCAGCAGCCCUGCCAAGCCAAUCAAUCAGCCGUCGGGUCGGUGGUGUUGACACAAAAUUACAUUGUUGUAGGGUGCUUAUCUGUGGUUUGGCGAAACAGAAAAAAAAUAAAAGAAACAAAUCGACAGUUCUGUGGAACGCGAAGAAUCUCAUAUGCGAGUAAGGUUUCUGCUUGUGCAGCCGCCGGUGAACUAGAGAACAACGGUUGCGGAAUUUAUCAACUGUAGCAGAAGAAACACUGAGUCAUUAGGAGACAGUACGUGUGAACUUUAACUGAUCAUCGCACGGUAAAGAAUCCACAAGGUGUCGUGUUUGGCAUCCCUCACAUGAAAAUAAUGAAACAGAAAUCCGGUGCAAAACAUACUGAUUAAAAGUGAAAGAGUACUCUAACCCCGAAAGCAAAGAAAAAGCCAAUCGAAAAGCGUGAAAAAAGUAUCGAAAAUAUUAGAAAAAAAAUUCCGUGCAAGAUAAGUCAACUUAGAGUCAACAGUGACAUAUUGUAGGUGCUCGGAACGAAACGGAAGAAACCAGUGCUACAAAUUAUCUGAUCCGCGAGUGUGACAGCGGCACGGCGACGACGGCAACCCGGUCGAGGGAGCAAUGGGUGGUCAACGACUUGGGACGUUCCUGUCCUGCUACCGAAAGCGCGAAAAUCAAGUACAUCUAAAUCACUGCCGUCUUAUGAUAACCUGAAUACCGAAGGUUUUCCGAGAGCGAGAAGAAACGGGGGUUUUAUUCUUUGUAUUUCUGUUGAAAGUUGGGGAAAAAACGUAGAUUCGUGAGUGGUUUUUUUUUCUUGGUUUUGGUAAUUUAUUUUUCACUCGAAUACAGUGGCAUUAUUUUGUUGAGCAGCAAAAUUGUUCAUGAUCAGUGGAAGACUUCGACGGAGGGCCCUGGCCCUGCUGGGAGCCCUCCUAUUGGUGAUAUUUAUAUGGCCACCGUGUUGUGCAACGAUGCCGAAGCCGCUGCCGGCCCUGCUGCCCGUCGUUCCGGAGAUCGAUCUGCCCUCGGAACCGAUGCCGGCCGUGGCCGUAGUUAGUCCGGUCCAGCAAAAUGCGACCGGCAAAAGUCGAAAAGCCAGUGACCUGAGCCGUUUGAUGAGCAUUUUCACGAUGAUGACGAGAAAGGACGGCAACCCGUCAGAAGAGGAGACUGGAGGUCGCGGCAAGUUGGCCGUCCUCAGCCGCGAUGUCAGUAGUGCGAAUGUGAACGACAACCAAAGGCUAAAUUUACGUCGCCAUGAAAAUAACUUUCCCGGCUCGUCAAUAGAAGAGCCGAUCGAUAAAAAUAAAUCACAUGAACAACAAACGACCGGCGGCGGCGACGUCGCUCUGGCAGCACAGUCAGUGCAGUUAGAUAAUGCCGUCGAUGUCAUCGUUGCGAGCGGGAGCGAAAAACCUUAUCGCCCCCGAACGGAGCAGAUAACGCACAGUUCGACCGUUUUCAGUGUUCUUUUCCAAAAACCUGCGACACCGACUAGAAACACCGAACAACAACAACAGAACGGGGUCAAUGACCGCGGCAACCAGAGCGCCGUCAAUCAAUCAGUAUUCAAUUCCGCGUCCAGCGCCACUGGUGACGAAGACGGCCAUCAGUCCAUCAUCUCUGACUUCUCGCUGGACCGGUACUCCCCUAGGCCGAAACGUAGCGCCCUGGCAGAUCCGGCUGAAUUUUCCUACGGAGCCGGCCCACAUCGUCAUCGGCAUCAGCAACACCAUUUGACAGCAGGUAAUGGCAGUCUCACGGCGGCGGCAUCAGUCGGUGGUACAGGCCGAGGGCGAGGACCAUCGGUACGACACCAUCGUCAGUAUCAUCCACCUCAUCAUCACAAUCAGCAUCAGCAUCACCCGCAACAACAUCAGUCGCAGCCGCAGCCGCAGCCGCAGUCGCAGUACCGCAACGGGACCGCCAGUGCCAGUGCCGGUGCAGGAACCAGCGACGAAUCGUCCAAUCUAGAGCGCAAUGAACGAUCGGCGAAUCUGUCGCACAUAACCGGGGCAACGCGCAAGAUUCAGCUCUACAUCAAGAACCGAUACCUGCAGCUGCUGCCCGAUGGCACCGUCAACGGAACGCACGACGAUCGAAGUGAUUUCACAAUCCUCCAACGAACAACCGUGGCCGCCGGUCAGAUCCGAAUCCAGAGCGUGGCGACCUGUUUGUUUCUCUGCAUGGACACCUGUGGGACCGUCUACGGAUCGAAAGACUCCACCGACGACUGUGUGUUCAACGAGCAGAUCGAGCAGCACCACUACAACACGUACAGCUCGACGCAGCACUCGAACGGACGCCGGACGCUCUAUCUGGCACUGAACAAAACCGGCCAGCCCCGCAAGAUUCAGAUUCCGGUCAACCGAACCCUGGGCAAGUUGGCCACCUACACGAAAGCCCUCACCCAAACGGUAGCUCAUGAUCGCGUCGAGCGAUUGAUCUCGAGACUAUUCGGACCGAACCAUGUCCGUCAUGGACUGGGGCAGCUGUGCGAAUCCGGUCGAGCCCUGCAGGAACUGACGGCCAAGGUGAUGCGACCGCGUCCGGCAUGCGGUGCCGGGCGGAGUGUCGUCGCUAGUCAGCCCGCCGCGUCAGGCGGUGCCAAAGAACCCAAUCCGCUGGUAACCCCUGGCGGUAACAAGGACAAAGACACCAAGGACACCCUGCGGAAGAAGAAGAAAAAACGACGGAAAUGUCGCGAGGACGAACCGGCCGGAGAACAUUGCUUCAGGCCGCUAGGUGGUAGCAUAGGUACAAAUAGUGGUAGGAGAAGGUCCCCAGGGCCAGCGAAAAGUCAAAGGUGCAGGACGGAAGAUGGCGACUGUGCUGUUAGUCUUAGUAGUAGUAGUAGUUUUAGCGGUAGCAGUAGUAGCAGUAGCAGCAGUAGUAGUAGUAGUGGUAGUCCCAAUAGUGCAAAUAGUAUAAGUAUUAGCAAUAUGAGCAAUCAUGCGAGCACAACCCCAGCGAACGUACCAAAUGUAGUAGCUUCGACACCUGCGGCACCGACAGCAGGAUCGGGUCCGAAGAAGAAAGUGGCGAAGAAAGUCGGCAACCGAAAUACUCCCAAUGUAAAUAAUAAAAAGCCCAAGAAAAGUCCGGGUAACGGAGGCGGAGGCCUCGGUCCUAACAAGAAAGCCAAACCACUGCAAAGCACUAGUAGCAGUAGUAGUAUUAAUAGUAGUAGUCUCACUAGUAGUAGUAGUAGUAGUAGUAGUAGUAGUAGUAGUAGUAGUAGUAGCAGUAGUAGUAGUAGUAGUUCAGUAGUGCCAUCAGCCAUCCGGGGCAGGGGAAAAACAACAAGUACCUCUGUCUCGACGACGACAACAACAUCAACUCAAAUAGGAACAACAACUAGGACAACAGCAGUGUCGACCUCCUUGGCAACGCCAAUCGUCCGUUCGUCGUCUCCAAGCAACAACCUGGAAGAAACUGCACAAUUCGAAGAAGACUUAGACGCCGAACUGGACAUGGACGAUCUUAUUCAUGGAUCGACCGAGCUCAUCGAGGAGGACGAGAUCGACGAAGGUAACCUUAAUCUCGCUGGUCAAUCUUUGAACUUUGUGGAUGAGGAUCAUUUUGGCGAUAUGGAUUUCUAAAACCUGUUUUUAUUCUUCUUUUUGUUAUGAACUGAAUAAUUACCUACUUUCUUUGGAGCAUGAGGUUCCGAGGAUCAACACUCCGACCAACACUUUCACUUUGUUUAGCUCUUUUGUUCAUUUGUAAAAAAUUCUUUCUCAUUUUAGCUUGUCCUUUCUGAUCAUAGAUAUAGUAGAUCGUGUAUAAAAGUGUGACGAUUGUACGAUUUCUCUUUCUGUAAACAGGACCAGAGUGGUGUGACUAACGCAUGUGUAAGGUUUUAUUUUACCCUAGGGUCCUCUUCACUCUCAUCAGCAUUAUUUUUCACGUCAUACUCUUCAUAUCAAAAUAAGCACAGAACUUUGAAUAGGUUCAAUAAACAACGUUCAUUUUGUGCAUAUGAAACAGAUCAAAAAAAUCGGGAAUCUUCCCAAUCAGAAUAACAUUCAUUUGCAUCUCAAACAAUUUUCCCAAUUCAUUCCUGACUCUCGGAGCAUGCAUCUCAUUAACACAAAUACUUCACAUUCAUUCAAAAUUAUUGGUACAUAAUUUUCUAACGAAACAGUUUUCCAAAUUAAAAUCAUUUCUUCGCAUCACAAAAAAGUUUCUAGUCAAAAAUUCAUUAACUACGUUGACACAUUGGAAGAAGAAGAGCCCUGAUUUCGUCCUAAGUCGACGUAGAUCUUUUACUCCAUUUUUAAAUUUUAGAUGUUUAACUUCUUCCACUAGCUUGUUUGCUAUUGCAAACAAGAGGAUGGCAAACAAAUUGGUUCAACUAUUUAUCAUCCAGACAAAUGGAUAAAUGAAGCUGAAACAAAACCUGAUUUAUCAAAUAAAGCUCUACCCUUUGGUGGUUAGGCUAAAUGACAAUUGCUCAACAUUACCAGGUUAAAAGAUUUUUUGUUUACUUUAAAGUUCUCUUUUCCAAAUCCAAGCCCCUUUUUACAUUAUCAUGGGGCUCGAUCACAGAGUGAUAUUAUAUUAUCGACUUGAAUACUAGAGAUUGUCAUCUAGGCAAAGCAAAACCGAGUCUUGACAUUACAUUCCUUCUGUGGAAUAUGGGCUUUCUGUUUCAACAGAUUUCGCACGGCCAAUUUUUAGCGUAUAGAAUCAUUGCAUGGCUAGUACUAAGACCCUACACGCAAAGGCCAGCGAUCGCAAAACAACUAAAAUGUUAGUUUUUUUCUGAAUUUGAUGGGUUAAAAUUUGGUACAACUAAUCUAUUGUUGUUUCAAGUUAACUGUCAUUCUAAAUUUAUCGUGCUGGCAGUUUAGCAAUGACACCCAGCUAAGACAUGCACCACAAACGAGUAAUAAAACGUUACAGUAGAGCAAUGACAUACACCCUAAGCGUAAAAGCGAAACGUUUCAAUGAAGUGACACUUGUGCAAAUGUCUCAGUUGUUUUAACCAAUUAUUUAGUUAUUUGAACUCAAUACGUCUAUUACAAUAAAUAUUGUUUACCGCUAGUCUCUUCGGGGGGCAGCUAAUCGUUUACCGCUUGAACAACGAAAUUUUACCUAAGUGGUUGCUUAUAGCUUUAUCACUAAACUCAGAAAUUGUAUAGAAAUGCAACAAAAGAUUAUGAUUCCCAAAAGGGAAUUCACCAGUAAAAUGUUGACAGGGCAUUAAAAAUUGUUUCUCCACUUGCAGAAUGGCUCGCUGGAAGAGCAUUUUUGAUUCCGUUUUCAAGAAUGUUGCUGACAAACCAAUGCUACAGAUGAACUUGAAAAAAAAAAUACAAAUAUUAUCACUUUACUUUAACAGCGUUAAUGGUUAGGCGUUGAGCGAUUUUAAUUACAUUGACGCAUGAACUGUCCGAAAAUACAGUACUCACGGAUGAAAUUAAGGUCUGAGGACAGAGGGUCGCGUGUUGAGUUUUAAAUCGACCACUUGGCUCGCUCAAUUCCCUUUGCGCAUCGUAUUUCUCUUGUACCCUCUCGUAUAUGAGCAAACUGUACCGGGUUGCCAGCAAACAUUUUAUUAUUUUGAUGAGAAGUUUUAUCACAUAAUUCUAUCGUAUGGGUUGGACAUUACAUGGAUUCCAAUGGAAAAAUAUUCAACUUUCACAAAGAUUGAAUGCGAAACAAAAAAUGUGUUUAUAUACGAUGAAACGUUUGUGUGUUCGGCAGCCUUGUCGAUCCAAUUUUAUUUCUCUCUCCUUUGAUUUAAUUUGAAACGGGAAAAUAGCAAAAAAUCUACCACUUUACGGUACUUUCAAAUUAAAUUUCAGGUUCCAGGUUGCAGAUUUGCUUGUAAAUUUGUCGAUUUUUUUGCAAGCAGACUCGGCAAUUUUGCAGACAUUUUACAGAUUUUUUAAACUUUAAUAUACAGUUGUCCAAUUUACUUUUGAAACUGCGUCGGGCUUCUUGUUUAGUUUUGCUCGUCAUAGACAUAAAAUUUAUAUAUGAGGAUUUCCAGUAUGCAGACGUGAAAAUUUUACCUGGCAUCUCUGCCCAAGAGUUGGACAGUUGUUUUAACCCCUUCGCUGCCUGUUGUACUGAAGUUUGCAGCAUUUUUAUACCAAGAAUUAGAGCCAAUAGAGAAAUCAAUCGUCUGAUCGAUUGAAGGCAAUUGUAGAUUUAAAUGGUAAUAUUCUCUAGCAACCGAAAAUAAUUUGUUUGUUAAAUCAAAGCAUCAACAUGUUAGUAUCUGUCAAAGGCGACUGAAAUUUUAGAGUUGACGAUUUACAAUUUGAAUUGACGAUUUACAAUUUUAAAGACAAAGACGUCGAUUAAUACAAAGUAUCAUUGUAUAAAUUAUCUGGUUAUAAAAACAAUUGUCAUUUAACGGCCAAUUUUUAAAAAAAUAUUUUUCUGGUUUGUGGUCUCGUAGCGGUUAAAUCGAUCCGAAUGACAGUUUCGCUAUCUUUGCGGCUUUUUGUCGCUAUCUUGUCGCAUCGCAAUCUUCGUUAAUCACCAGUGAAAAAAAUCACUAUUGUGGUUUUCAGCGUGGCAUAGAAUGCGACGGAACCGCCGCAGAAUUGCGAAAUAAUGAGCGUCAGAGACGCAGUUGCCAGGUUGCAGAUUUGCAUGUAAAUUGGUCGAUUUCUUUUGUAAGCAGACUGUGCAGUUUUGCAGACUUUUUAAAGGUUUUUGAAACUUUUAUAUACAGUCGUCCAAUUUACAGACUUAAAAUUGCGUCGGGCUUCUUGUUUAGUUUUUCUCGUCAUACCUAUAAAAUUUAAAACUUUCAUUGGAGGAUUUCUAGUAUGCAGACGUGAAAAUUUUACCUGGCAUCUCUGUCCAAGAGUUGGCCAGUUGUUUUAAUCCCUUCGCUGCCUGUUGUACUGAAGUUUGCAGCAUUUUUAUAUCGAGGAUAAGAUCGAAUAGCGAAAUAAAUUGUCUGGUGGAUUAAAGGCAAUUACAGAUUUAAAAGGUAAUAUUAUCUAGCAACAAAAAUUAUUUAUUUGUUCAAUAAAAGCAUCGGCAAGUAUGUAUCUGUCAAAGACGACUGAGUUUUUAGAGUUGACGAUUUACAAUUUUUUCAGUAAUUGAUUUUUAUGGUUAAUAUUGAUAAUUUUUCGAGUGAAGCACGAGGUUUUAAAGACAAAGACGUUGAUUUUUACAAAGUAUCAUUGUAUAAUUUUUCUGGUUAUAAAAACAAUUGUCAUUUAACGGCCAAUUAAAAAAAAUAUUUUUCUGGUUUGUGGUCUCGAAGUGGUUGAAUCGAUGCGAAUGACAGUUUCGCUAUCUUUGCGGCUUUUUGUCGCUAUCUUGUCGCAUCGCAAUCUUUGUUGGUGAUUCACCAAUGAAAAUCACUGUAACCACAAAUAGAAUAGUACAAUCACGGCUGACACUAUGCAGUGACAGCAUUUCACUACACUGUUAGAAAGAAACCUGUAAAAUUCCAUUGAAUCAAUUUGAACAAAAAACUUCCAUCAGAAAUAACAGAAUAUUAUGUGCGAUUUGAGAAUUACAUAGCUAUAAAAUCAAUGGAAUAAAAAAUAAGAAUCAUUAGAUCACAAAGAACUUCCUUUUAGCUAUUGUGCCACAGAAACAUACCUACCUUGAACAAAAAACUCCCGUUAUCUAGGCAAGUGAAGUUUGAAUGGGAAUUGUAAUUAAUGUGUGUUUGGCAGCUGUUUGUUUACAACAUAAAAAAUUUGUCAGGCAAAUUUUACUAUGAAAAAAUAUUUAACAAAGAGUUUGCUUGAAACUUUGUGUUUUGAAUGGAAUUUCGGCUACAGAAUCAUUAAAAAUGUUGCAGAAGUUUUUUGAGGAGUCUACUUUAUCGAGAGCGCAAGUAUUUGAGUGGCAUGACGCAUUCAGUGAGGGUCGUGAGAUCGUAGAAAAUUUUGCUUCAUGCUGCUUCUCCGUCCACCUCUGUAAACGACGAUAACAUCGAAAAGUGAAGGAAAUUUUGCUUGAAAAUCGUAGUGUUAGCAUUAGAGAGAUAGCAAGCGAUCUUGGCUUCUCUUAUGAAUUGACUCAGCACACUUUGGUUAAUGUUUUGGGUAUGAAACGCAUCGAUGCCAAGUUCGUACCGAGAAAACUACAUUUUUUCCAUAAUUGUGACUGAAUUUUUGACUAAACACGAAACGAAAGUCAUCACUCAGCCACCGUAUUCGCCAUAUACGGCCCGCGGUGACUUUUUCCUAUUUCCAAAACUAAAAUAUUCACUCCGGGGAACGCUCCAUAACGCGAUCGAGGACAUAGAAAGUAAUUCGCUGAAGAAACUAAAAGCCAUCCCGGCCGAAGCCUGAGCCGAGUAUAUAGAAAAUUGGUUUGGCCACUGGAACCAAAACAGGCGUUCAAAAGGCGCAAAUAACAUGCAUCUUUCUAUUCGAAUAGUUUUUUAAGUAACUAGAUUUUUUUUGGGUAGAACAACCAAACGCUGCGUAUGUGUGUACAUUGUAUUCUCACUAACAUCUUUCCGCAUGAUUUCAAAGCUGACCUUGUGUGUAAUAUCUCAGCCUGCUACCACGUAUCACCAAUAGACUGUGUGCCAGCUCGUUUUCCGUACACAUUCCCACAUCCGGAGAAGCCAUUCUCGAAUAAUGCAUGCCCCCUCCCUGAUCCUCCUCAUUCACGCUACUACCUGAUCCACGGUAAAAACCGACACGGACAAUCUGUCCAUAAAUUUUGCCCAACUCAGCACGCACUAAUUGAUCACUGCGUUUCUGUCUCCCACCCCGACUCCGGCGCUCUUUUUCUUUCUUUCUAUAUUCACUUGCAGGACCCCAACCACUAAAUCCGACCGCUUCGCCCUGGCAAGAGCAACAACCACUUCCGAUCAGUAACUGUGCACCUCCCGUUCCUCCCACUGUUGCCAACGCUUGUUCGGGCACUUCACUAGCAGGGCAAACUCGGGGC